CGUCCCGGCGCGCCCUUUCCCCUUCCCCUUCCCGCGCCGGCGUGCUCCCUCCCUUCCCCGCAAAACCCUCCAAAACCCUCUCGAAUUCCGGCCCAUUCCCCCCUCCCUCUCCAACCCUUCCACCCCAUGCCCCACCCCUCCGCCGCCGCGAUGCUCCCCUCGCCUUCCUCCCUCCUCCGCCUCCUCCGCCGCCCACACCCUCGCCUCCUCCCCCCGCCGCCCCCGCUCCUCACCCGCUUCCUCUCCUCUUCCUCCCCCGGCGACGCCGCCGGAUGGGCCUCCUACGACCCGCUGACCGACAGCCUCGCCCCACCGGCGGCAGCCGCCGCCGCGUCCGACUCGGAGGCCCCCGCGGAGGGCGAGGCUUGGGGCGUGUUCGACGCCGUGACCGGCCGCAUCGUCAUGAAGGAGCACCCGCCCUACUCCCAGCCGCCGCCGCCCGGCCCCGACGAGGAGAGGUCCAAGGUGGGGAGGAGGAGGAGCGCUGGGGUGAAGGACGAGGCGAGGUGGUCGUCGGUGGCCGCCGUGGGGAAGGCCCGCGGCAAGGCGGGGAAGGAGAGGGCCUCGUACGUGUGCGGCAACUGCGGGGAGGGCUUCUCGCAGUGGUGGGGCACGUGCCGCCACUGCGAGGCGAUGGGGACCCUGACCAAGUACGUCCCGGGCUCUGAUCCUGGUGCCUCCGUGGGGUCACACCAUGCCUUCCGGUCGUGGAUUCCGCAGAAGAGCAAGGAGAUGGUGCCCCAGAGCCUUCAGCAAGUGACCAAGGGAGUUGAUCAGUCCGAGUGGCGAAUACCGCUGUCCGGGAACUUCGGAAUGGAGAUUGCUCGAGUGCUUGGGGGUGGGGUUGUUCCUGGGUCCUUGAUUCUAGUAGGUGGGGAUCCAGGUGUAGGAAAAAGUUCAUUGAUAUUACAGCUUGCUUCUAUCAUGUCCGAGAAUAUUGGUGCUGGGGAGUCUUCUGCUAUCGUAUAUGUGUCUGGCGAGGAGAGCAUUGAGCAAAUUGGAAACAGGGCUGAUCGGAUGAGUAUCAAGUCUAGAAAUUUGUACUUGUAUUCUAGUACAGAUAUCGAGGAUAUCUUGGACAAAAUCCAACCAUUAUCUCCUAGGGCACUCAUUAUUGAUUCAAUUCAGACAGUUUAUCUAAGAGGAUUUGCUGGAAGUGCUGGGAAUAUGACUCAGGUGAAGGAAUGCACCUCUGCGCUGUUAAGAUUUGCAAAAUUGACAAAUAUUCCUGUUAUCUUGAUUGGACAUGUUACAAAAACUGGUGAUAUUGCUGGUCCCCGUUUGUUAGAGCACAUUGUAGAUGUUGUUUUAUAUAUGGAGGGAGAGAGAUGCUUAUCUCAUCGGUUGUUGCGAUCAGUGAAAAAUCGUUUCGGUUCAACAGACGAGCUUGGUGUAUUUGAAAUGUCAGGAUAUGGUCUACAACCUGUUCUGAAUCCAACCGAGAUGUUCUUAACUGAACAUGAUUUGGAUUCUGAAAUACUAGCUGGACUUGCUGUGGCUGUUGUUUUGGAUGGAUCCAGGACAUUUGCUAUUGAAGUUCAGGCAUUGUGUGUUUCAGGUUCUCCUCGCAAUGGAGAAGUUGUUGGUAUACCGAGAAAUAGGGCUGAUAUUAUAAUCUCAGUUCUUAUGAAGCAAGCAGGUCUAAAACUUCAGGAUAAUGCUGUUUUUCUAAAUGUUGUCAGUGGUUUCAUGUUGACAGAAACUGCAGGAGAUCUGGCAAUAGCAGCUUCAAUUUGCAGCAGUUUCUUAGAAUAUCCUAUACCAAAUGAUAUUGCGUUUAUCGGAGAGGUUGGCCUUGGUGGUGAACUUAGAACUGUGCCAAGAAUGGACAAGCGGGUGCUAGCUAUUGCGAAGUUGGGAUACAAGAAAUGCGUCGUUCCCAAAACCUCAGAGAAGCUGCUCAGACCGCUGAACCUUGAACUUGAGAUUUUGCCCUGCAGCAACCUGAAAGAGGUCAUAAACACCGUAUUUAGGCCACAAGGAUGAUGCUACACUCUGCUUACUACUUACAGUUGCUGACCGUAGGUAUUUAGAUCUAGUGUGCCUGGGUCAUUGGCCAGAUGCUAUGACGAUUGAGAGAGAUGAUGUAACUAUUUAUACUCAUUAACGGGUUUCAAUGUUCCAGCCAUUUUUGCGCCAGAAUACGGUCCCUUUCAUAGGAAUCGUAUUGGCUAUCCGUGCUGGAAUCCUGAACCCUUUACCUCUACCUUAAGUAUGUAAGAUGUCUUCUAUACACUAGUCUGAAAAUGAAAUUUGCUUGCAAGCUUCAGGGGGUCA